AUGAAGACCGAGCUCAGAGGAAACACCGCCGCUGCGUCCAUCUCUAUCCAAAACCCGACCACCGCUGCGGCAGCGGCUCCGACCAUCUCCGGCGCCCUCACGGGGUGCCUGGGAAGCCUCGACGGCGCGUGCAUCGAGAAGCUCCUCCUCCACUGCGCCAGCGCCCUCGAAGGCAAGGAGUGGACGCUCGCCCAGCAGGUGAUGUGGGUCCUCAACAACGUCGCCUCCCUCAGCGGCGACCCCAACCAGCGCCUCACCUCCUGGUUCCUCCGCGCCCUCAUCUCACGCGCCGCCAACGUCUGCCCCACCGCCACCAUGCACCACUUCGACGGCUCCUCCGCCAUCGACAGGCGGCGCCAGAUGACCGUCACCGAGCUCGCCGGGUACGUCGACCUCAUCCCCUGGCACACCUUCGGGUUCUGCGCCUCCAACAGCGCGAUAUUCAAGGCGAUCCGAGGCUGCUCCAAAGUCCACGUGCUCGAUUUCAGCGUCACCCACUGCGUUCAGUGGCCCACUCUCAUCGACGCGCUGGCGAAACGCCCGGAAGGCCCGCCGUCUUUAAGAAUCACCGUGCCGUCCGUCCGGCCACCCGUCCCCCCUUUCCUCAACGUCUCGUGCGAGGAAGUCGGCCAAAGGUUGAGCAACUUCGCUAGGUUUCGUGACGUGGAGUUCGAGUUCAAUAUAAUCGGAGGAGGAGGAGGAGGGAGUACCACUACGAGUUUCGACAACAACAACAUUGCUUUGUGUAGAAAUUCCAUGUAUGAUACCUUCCACCGCUACUUCGAGUCGUUGCUAACCAGCCUGGUGGAUCCGCACCAGCUGUCCUCGUUGUUCAGGGACGACGAGGUCAUCGUGGUGAACUGCCAGAACUGGCUUCGCUCCAUGCCCGACGACGAUGAGGAACAGUCUGCGGGUUCGUCGUUGAGGGAUGAUUUCCUCCAUACGAUAAUGGGGUUGAAUCCGGCCAUCGUGGUGGUGGUCGACGAGGAUGCGGAUCUCAACGUGUCGAGCCUGACGACGAGGAUCACAAACUGUUUCAACUACCUGUGGAUCCCGUUCGAUGCUCUGGAGACAUUUCUUCCUAAAGACAGCGCGCAGAGGAUCGAGUACGAGUCGGACGUGGGGCACAAGAUCGAGAACGUGAUCAGCCACGAAGGGUGCCAGAGGAUGGAGAGGUUGGAGUCUGGGGCGAAGCUAUGUCAGAGGAUGAAGAACGUCGGGUUCUCGGGUGUGAUGUUCUGUGAGGAAACUGUUAAAGAAGUGAAGUCGUUGUUGGAUGAGCAUGCUAGUGGUUGGGGGAUGAAGAGAGACGAGGAGAUGUUGGUGCUCACUUGGAAGGGACACAACUCGGUUUUUGCCACAGCUUGGGUGCCAGGUGGUUUAGGAGAGAAUUGA